AUGGACGCGCCGCUGCAGCAUCCCACGGACGGCAUUGCGCCGUUCGCACGUCUGGUUUUGGAUCUGCGUGGUGUAUGCUUUGUGAUUGAGCGUGAGACGCUGAUGAGCCUCCCUGAGUCGAUCCUGCUAUGUCUCUUCCCCAACGGUCUCGUGCUGGCCGACCAUAACCCCGACGAGACGGGCGACAGCACGUUGCAGGACGAGCAUGUGUACCAGGUGGACGAAUACUUUUACGGCACGGAUAAUGUGCCUGGUAUUUACCAGGGCCUCGGCCUCAGCUCGAACUACAUGGACUUUGCGGACCCGGUGCAAGGUGGCAUGAAUGGAUUCGGGCAUCCGUUCCAUCUCCCUCUGUUUCACAAGCAGGCAGUGAUUGUGCUGCGUGAGGAGCUCGAGUACUUUACCAUUGCCCCCAAGUCUAUGGCGGCGACGGCCAUCGCGCGGCCGCCGGUCGGCAACGAGCCCCCGGAUGCCUCGGAGGAGUUUACAAAAUUGAAGGACGCUUGCGGCGACGUACUCUUGCAGCGCCGCCAGAUCUUUACUGCUUUGCAGCGCAACAUCAACAAGGAGAACAACAUCGCCGAGCAGCACUUGAUUGACAUGCUUUGCAUGAGCGGAUUCGAACAAAAUGACCUGUGGGGCUACCGUGCGCGCGAGCCGAACCGCUGCGGCAUUACCAGCACCGCGCUGGUCCUACUGAAAACCGGUGUCACGCACCCCGGUGAGCUCCGCGAGGGGCGCUCGGCACACCACCCUGUCCCGCGCAAGCCCAUCGGUGUGGAGCGUGCAGGUGUGGAUAUCGAGGCAGGCCUGGAGCCUUUGGAUCCCAACACCCCCGAAGAGCAGCUGGGCGAAUGGGUGGACGAUGCGCAGGGUGGUUCGCUGCGUGUGAACCAACACCAGCUGAACACGACACAAAAGUUGCUCCUCUUUUGGCGCAAGCCGGCGCGCAAGUGCUGGUGGGACGGCAUUGACCUCGUGGUGCCUAUGGGAAAUUCUGCCCCUUCCAACCCCCGUGCGGUGCGGAACCCCGCGACGCUCGGUACGCUCUCUCCGCAGGAACGCACCUUGCUGGAUCAAGGCAAGGGUCUCCUGGUACGCGUGUGGGUGCGUCGCGUCUGGACGCUGGAAGUCAGCUUGAUUUGA